UAUUUUGUUGGAGUGGAGUGGCUGUAUGUGAAUCUGGAAUCUACUACUAUAGUUCUAAAGCUCUUUUAUCAUGUAAUCAAAUCCAAUAGAGCAACAUGUGUUGAAUCAUUUGAAUCAAAAUGAUGGAGAGGCUGAGGGAUAUGUAAAUCAUAGGGUACAAGCCGGGUGAUUGAAAUGGAGGAGUGCUUCAGGUUUUAUCCGUAGCAAAAAGUGUACCAGUAAAUCUUUAUGGUAAAUUUUACGACUGAAUGUUGGUGGUAAGAGGGAAACACCAACAUAAGCUUAAUGUUGUGGAGACAAAGAUGCCUAAAUGGAUGUGUGGACACAUUAAACUACACUAUAUAGGAUUAGGAAUUAUUUUAGAGAGAGAUUUGGCCAGUUGGAGGUUCGAUUUUACUCAUUUUAGGGAAAGUGGAUUAGAUGGUAGGCAUUCUUGUAGCUAAAGACAGAGGGAGAUGUAUUAAAUGAGAUUUUAUAUAUAAAUGGUUUAAAGUUAGAUAUGAUAUAUAAUAGGGCACCUUCACGGUUUUUGGCUUUUUGAUCUAUGUAACUCAAACUACCUAGUGGGACAAGGUUACAAGGCUUAAUUGUGUUUCAUUGUUGUUGCUGCCUCUUCUGUUUAGGCUACACCGGCCUUACUUAAAUCUCUUUUCAGGGGAGGUUACUGUUAUUUUUACAUGGUGUAUAACGUCAAAUUUUAUAAAAUAGAUGGACGUUGUUUAUACCGGAAUUUUUUGGGAGGUCAAUAUAUAUUUUUUAAAAAUGGGAUUCACAUUGAAUUUCACUGGACUUCAAGGGAGAGCGAAACUGAUGCUUUAGAUAGCAGUGAUCUGAGGUUUGUUGAGAGUAAUAGAAAAGGUGGUUUGUUUGGAAGUGAUAGUGGUAUGGUGGAUCAAGUGAGAGAUCUGCGCAGGUGGUCUAGUCAGCAUUCAUCUACCGAGGUUUCUGACUCUUUUGCUGCAACUUUGUCUAGCUUGGAAACUCAGAGGUGUGCAGAUGCAGUUUCUAUGGUGAGCUCUGGAUAUGGAUCUGAUGUGAAAACUAUCAAAGCUGUUAGUGAAAAGAUGUCAGUACAAGGAGGUCCGCUGGUAACCAGUGAUGUAUACGAGACAGUUCGCUCUGAAGUGAGGCGUGCUAUUUCUGAGAUUCAGACUGAUCUUGAGAGUGCUAUCCAAAGGAGUAAUGCCACUGCUAUUGCUGUUACCAACAUAGCUGAUAUUCCUCCUUGCUUGGUAAACCCGGAUGCGGAAGAAUUGGUUUUUGAGAUCAGAAGAGAGUAUGCCCAAAAACUUGAAGAGACCUUGUCAUACAUGCAGUCCCAGGAGCGAGCUAGAAAUCUUAGAGCAAACCUGGCUGUUGAAGAACAUUGUGGACAGGAACUGGACAGAAUCUUGAAAGAAGUUUUACCUUAUCCAAAGACCCCUAAUGUGCAGAAGUCUCAUCCAACAAGAAAAAAUAGCAUAGAAAGAAGGCGGAUGUCAAAACGUCUUGCAGAAGAUGCAAAGGCUUAUUUUGAUGAGUGUGUUUCGCUAUCAACAUUUGAUAGUUCAGAUUUCUCAUCACAAGAUGAUCCUCCCGUCACUUCCGUGGGGCCCCAUAUUCCAUCUGAUAGUUAUGAAUGUUUACUCCAGGAAUCAGCUUCUCAUAGACAAUUGAUUAGUAGAAACUAUGACGUUUCACAACCAUGUACUGUCAUCGAUACUGCUGGCUCCCCGGAAUCAGGUUGUAAAUCUCACUUCUCAUUUUCACAGAAGUCACCUGAGACUUCUGGAUUUGCAGAUGACAUCCAACAAUACAUAAAGAUGUUUGAAAAGAAUGUAUUAAAGUCACCAAAUAUGAGAUCAGGUUAUCAUGACAUUCGUGAAUACAGUUAUCAAUCUCCAACGGAGAGUUUGUUGGUUGAUAGGGUGAUACUAAAAAACAGAAUUGAGGCUGGUGGUUUGCUGCUUUGUAGUGGCGGUAGUAUAUUAUGGUCAAAAUAUUGUGGGAUAGGAAUUUGACCAGGAAGUAUGGAUUAACCUAUUGUUACUAAUGUAACUGUAUUCGUAUCAUUUUCCCAAGCAGUAUAACUGUACAUAUGCCUGAUUUGCUUUCUUUUUCCC